AGAUAACUAAAAUCCAACAUUAAAGUUUAAACUAUAACGUGAAACAUUAUUAUUAAACUUAAAGCAACUAAUUGUUCAACAGAAAUGAGCCCAUAGUUGCAGGGUUCUUUAGGAUUUGUUGUUAUUAAAUAACGGUACAGUAAAGUACGCUUCUAUGUCUAGAUAUUUUCGGUUAACGUGCGAAGCAAGAAAUGAUAAUAUUGUUUGAAAAUUUUCUGUGGGUCCAUGCGCGCGGCCUAAGGAUAAUGAAAAUACUAAUUCUAAGCGCCUGGUAUUUUUAAAUAGCAAAUUUAAACGACUAAAGAUCAGGCGAGGCAAGAAAGUUACUUUUUUCAUUCAAUCUCCAACAUCUCAGCAAUGCUGCAUUUUCAAGGACAAAUCUAUCAGUAGUCAGUUGGCUGCCAGCAGCCGAGCGAGACACACGAUGGUAUCGCUAUGACGGCACAACGCGAUCGUCGCGACGACAAUGUCGAAUUGUUACCAUUAAAAUCUAUGCUAGUGAAUAAUAAUUACAGGGAAGAUGAAGUGUACUAUCCUGCGGCUCCAGCCAUUAAUAAUAAUCCGUCAAGUUCUAAUCUUAACGACUAUACGCUCCUGUCGAAACGCACACCGGCCUCAAAGCGGCUUUUAUCAAGAAAUGCUCAGCCGUCGACAAUGCCACCACUGUUGACACUGUGUGGUGCUCCUCCACCUUCUAGAAAACGGGAGGAGAUAGCAGCUCUUGCUAAUUUGAAGAAAAAAGUGGCUCCUGCACUCUUACAUCAUGAUAGGAGGACAAUAAAAAACAACAACGAACCUGCAGAAAAUGAAACGGAGCCGCUUGAUAACCGACCCAAAUUGUUACAAAAGGUACUACGGACAAGGCCUGUGAGCAUGGUGGUGCAGUGGAGUGAGGUGAGGACAGCGUGGCAGGACAGUGAUUUUAUUACGGAAUGUCUCUGCUGGCAUAACGUCUACCGGCAGAGGCAUGGAGCUCCCCAAUUGUAUAUGGCGCCUGAGUUGUGUGACUAUGCCCAGGCUUGGGCAAAUCACCUGGCACACACCAACAAGUUUCUCUACAGAAACGACCGGGAUGUCGGACAAAACCUGUACCAGAGACCUGUGAGCGAUAUACAACCCGAUAUUACAGGGCAAGAGGUAUCAUCGUAUUGGUACGCAGCGGUGCGUCAAUACAGAUUUUUCAAAGAGCCAGAUGUCCUCCAUGCUAAUGUUAAUGCUGGUCACUUUACACAAAUGGUGUGGAUAUCAACUCGCUACUUUGGUGUCGGAAAAGCGCGUUCCCGCGCUGGUAAAGUAAUAGUGGUGGCUAAUUAUUCACCACCUGGCAAUAGUUCUGGCCAAUUUGAGACCAAUGUGCUUCCACCGCUUCCGGACAACACUGCCGAAUUGCCGCCGGAACAGUGACAAAGGUUUUCUAUACGUGGUAGGAGACUUAGGAUCGACGCCACGAUGAAUAGAUAAGCAGUAUCCUAUAGAAGGCCUACAGAAAGUUACAUUAUUAUUAUACUGAUCUGUUAAAACUACUUCAGAAUUGAUGUACUGGUAGAUUCAUUAUUCUUAUCUUGACGAAAAUAGUUGUUCCGGAAAGCCAUCUCAAUAUAUAUUAUAAAUUUUAUAGCACCUAAAAACGGUUGACGAUUCAAUUAAAUCUCAAUUGUGGAAUGUCGAGCGAUCAAUAGUCGAUAAAUGUUUCCUCGUAUGGAUCACAUAAUUUCAAUAUUUUUAUUGUGACCCGUUGUUAUUUUACGUACAGAAAUUAAGAUCUAUAGGUACUUUUUGAUAUAAAAAAAAACAUUUUUUAAUUAAAAAAAUUGUUUCUUUGGCUUUCCUUAGCCACUGGAACAAGACUGAAAUUUAAAAAAUCACAUUUUAAACAUUAAAUAUUAUUUCAAUUAGAACAAAUAGUAUUAAAAUAUAUGUGUAGUCUUUAUUAAUUAAUGAAGCUUGAUAUGUUAUAAAAAUUAUUAGAAAAUGGUUGUUUCGCCUGAGCUUACAUUUGAUAACGGUUUUUGCUAAAAGCAAUAAUUUUAUGCACAUUUUAAAUACAUCGAGAUUAAUAUUAAGGUUAGUUAUUUCAGCCCAAAAUUAAAUUAAACUCUUGUCAGUUUUCCAGUCUUUAAAAUACUUAGAAGCCAAGAUAUAUAAACUUGUUUUAUCACAAGUACCAUAAGAUUGAGAGUUUGACUCAGUCACAAUAUCUUGGAGCCUUUUAGGAAAAUGCAGUUGAAAUAGAUAAUUAUAAAAAAAAGAUAGACAUGACAUUUCUAAGUGUAGAUAUUGUGAAUGAGGCAGGCUAAGUCUCCUUUUUUUAUAAAAGUGUGCUGUACAAGCAUAGCUUUUAUUACCAAAUAUUUCUGCUAAUCUGCAUUUAGAAUAGUAUUAAAUCUACGCUCUUCCCUUCACCCAACAUCCGUCUUCCCCUAAGGUUGAUAUUCUUAUGUACACUUGUUAAAUAUUAUCCUGCCUAGGUAUAGAUUUUCAAAUGUAUUUUAAUACAGAUAUCACCAAACUUAACUAAAAUUCCUUUAGAGCAUUAUAUGUCAUAGAGUUGAUUAUUGAAACUAGUGAGGAAGGUAAAGCUCAUUUAUUAUAGGAAAGGUAUGUGAAUAACGAAAAGAAUGUGUUCCUUAUUAUGCUAUAACCACCUUUCCUGUGUCUUUGUAAUACACAAUGCAUAGGUUAGAAGUAAAAGUUUUGUAAAACCAUAAUUGUUACCGAUUGAGAUGUAGACUCCUGAUAAAUAAAUAAGUAAUGAAACAGACACCCCUAAAAGGUUCUGGAAAUGCCAAUUGCAAACCUGUAAAACAUUUUAUCCAAAAAUGUCAAAUGCCAGCCUAUAAUGUUCUUUCAAAGUCAACUUAUUAACACAUACAUUUUUGGUAGUUUUACUAAGUGUGGUGCUAUCUGUAAUGUUGUUAUUUGGAUGUAGGUAUUGCCUAGAGUUAUUAGAUUGUUCAAUAAGAUAUUUUAAGAAUUGUUCGUUUUAGAUUUAUAAGAGAUUUAUUUAACAGGCCAAGAAAUGCCUAAUUUGUUUUCUAACUAAAUAAAAAAUUGCAUAAUUAAUAGUAAAAGUAGUUGUUUAAGAAUUGUUGUAGUAAGAGAUUUCUAGGUAUUGAUUUUUAAUUUUUAUGCUCACAAUUUUAAUUACAAUUGUUGAAUUGCCUAUUAAAAAUAGGGUUUUAUAAGACAUAGGUUGCCUACUAAGUAAAUUUAGAUUAUAGAUGCUUCUGAUAAAAAGCCUGUGUAAUGAGAGAAUAUUAUUAUGUACUUGUUAUUUGUAUAAAAAGUCGAAAUAAGUUAUAAAAUACUAGUAGCAAUGUGAUUUCUUAAGCUUACAUAUAGCUUUUACAACUUAGU